AUGUAGAAAGACGAAACCUAUAUCAGGACUCCCCCCAUUCGAAAACUCAAUAAUGGACUCGCCAUCUAAUAGAAAAUCAAUCAAUUAAACAAGUAGGGCAGCAUUAAAUUCUCUGAAUUGACCAAAGAAUAACCAUCCAAUUAAAAAAUAUCUUAUCGACGACAAAGUCAACCUCGAAAACCGGUAUCUGCUUCCUCUUCUCUCACUUUAGCCAUUUCAAUGCAAAGAAAUCUUUCACAAGAACCCUAAACUAAUGGCACUUACAGUGUAGUUUUUGCUAAUAGUGCCCCUCAAAAGAGAGAUAAGAGGAAAGUGUAAACUACCAACUGCGAUUAAAUUGAAGAAUUUAAAAAUAGUUAAGUUCGAUUAGUCAAAGGUUUUUAUCCUUCUGAUAUCAAUAAUACCAAACUGAUUUUAACGAACAUUUUGCAGGGAAUGCAACAGAGAAUUUCAGCUGAAAAAACUUUUGGAGUUAUGGGGCUACAAGUAGUUCCAUUCAAUAAAAUAAUGGAAUCAAAUACCAGUACUGUAUUAACCUAACAGACAAUAAGAUUAAAGGCUUUAUCUCAUGAUAAAGACAGAGAAAAGUCGCAAUCAUUUACUGAAGAGGUAGAAAAGAAAACCAAAUGCAAAAUUCCACAAAAAUGCAAAUUAAAACACUCUAUUAAUUCUAACAAUGCCAGUCCAGUCCCACCAAAAGUUAUCGCUCCACAAAGCAGUUCUACAUAAAUUAAUAAUUUCAAAUUUUCAUUAACUGAUUAUGCAUCACUAUCCAGAGAAUAGUUAUUCCAAACUAAAUUGUAAAACUAUUAGCAUUUCUUGUUUUUGGUUUCCACUUAGAGUGGGUUCUACACAGUACCAUAGGAUUGUUUGAUUGAUUUGAAAUUUAAAAUAGGCAGGGGCAACAAUUCACUUCUUAUCAAAGAAAUAUUUAAAUUGAGAUGGUGGUGGAAUUGCUAUAAGUACAGUGAAUUGAUUGAUUCUGAAAGUAAUUUCAUUUGGACUUAGAUUAAAGUUUAGAAUUACAUGGACACUUAAAAUCUAUCAACCAAUGAAAUUAAGUCCUACAUGAGAAAGAAAAUUAAUCCCCCUUAAUCACAAACUCAAAUAAAGAAGAAAAUUCAAAUUGAUCACUUAUUGAGAUUAAUGAAUGAUGAUUCAGAUUAUAAACAAAUAGAAAGAAAUCAAAAAGCGUACUUUAAAUUGAUAAACCAGAAAGGAUUCACGAUAUUGAAUGUUCAUCCAAAUUUGAAGAUUCAUAAUCAUAUAGAAAAGAAUUAUCAUUUGGGAAACAAGAAAGCACUAUAUCACAAUCUCAAAAGAUACUAUGAAUUGACUAAGUAGGAUUUACAUUCCAUAAUCCCAAUGACAUUCCACGUGCAAAAGGGAUCUAAAGACAAGGUCUACUUAUAAUUCUUAGAAAAUUACAAGAAACUUCCAAAAGGCUCUACUUGGAUAGUCAAGCCUGGUGAAUUUACAAACAGAGGAACUGGAAUCAUAGUUUGUCAAAAUUUAUCUGAGAUAAACAAAAUCAUAUCUAAAAAGCAAGUGCAUCCAAAUGGAAAGCCAUUUACAUAUUUAAUUCAAAGGUACAUUGAGAAACCAUUUCUUUAUAACAAAAGAAAAUUUGAUAUCAGGUGUUACUUUCUUAUCACUUAAUUGAAUAACAUUUUUAGAGCUUAUUGGUAUGAAGAUGGAUACAUAAGAACUUCAUCAGAGGAAUUCGAUCUUGAUGACCCUGCUAAUCUUUAUGUUCAUUUAACAAAUGAUGCGAUCUAGAAAUAUGCUGAUACUUAUGGGAAAUAUGAGAAUGGCAAUAAAUUAUCUUUAUCUGAAUUUCAACGUUAUUUGGAGAAUUAAUCAAAGAAGUAUAACUUUUACAAAGACUUAUAUCCUCAAUUGAUUGAGAUAGCUACAAUUAGCAUCAAAUCAGUUUAUUGUAAGUUGGCUCCACAUAAAAAGGAGUUUAAUUUCGAGAUUUUUGGAUUGGAUUUUAUGAUUGAUUCACAAUUCAAACCAUACUUAAUUGAAAUUAACACUAAUCCUUGUUUGGAAACUAGUAGUCCAAUUUUGUAGAGAAUAAUACCUUAGAUGGUUGAAAAUGCUAUGAGACUGUCUAUAGAUACGAUAAUCCCACCACCAGAUGCAUCUGUAUGGCCACCUUGUAAAAAGCAUCUUAUUUUUUAUGAUAACUUAUUGGAAAAUAAUAAAUUUCAAUUGAUCUUUGAUGAGAGAGAAGAUUCAGAAGAAUUGAUAAAAUUAUAUGGUGGAUUGUUGCAACAUGAUGAAAUAGAUGAAAUGGAUGAAGAAGAAGAGGAGUAUUAGAGUGAUGAUGAAAAUGAAAAAAAUGAGUAGUGA